CCAGAUGGAGCUCAGAGUGAAAGCGGAGCCAGAUGCAGAAGCAGGGAGCAGACCUGACAGAAACAAGAUGGAGAACAGGGAAUUCUGGGAAAAAGCCAUGCAGACAAUCCCUGGGAUGGAGGUCCUGUGCUCAGAUGGCCAGACCUUCAGGCAGUGUUCCUUCCAUGAGGCUGAGGGGCUCCAAGACAUCUGCAGCCGACUCCACAGUCUGUGCCAGCAGUGGCUGAAGCCAGAGAGGCAUACAAAGGAGCAGAUCUUGGACCUGGUGAUCCUAGAGCGUUUCUUGGCUGUCCUGCCGUUGGAGGUGCAGAGCUGGGUCAGGGAAUGCGAGCCGGAAACCAGCUCUCAGGCGGUCGCCCUGGCUGAAGUCUUCUUCUUGAGCCAGGCAGAGGAGGAGAAGUGGAAAGGGCAGGGAUCUUCUGAAGGGGCAGCUGUUCUGCCCAAGGACGAGGUGCUGUCAGGCCCUCAACAGAGACGAGAGUGGUUUGCUCAGGGAAGUGACGGAGGAACUACCUCACCAGAUGGUGAAGCGAUGCCAGUAGUGGGCAUGAAGUCAUCCACGCUUCUAAGCGCGGAGGAAGCGGUUGGCAUCCAGCUGGAUCUGAGUCUGGUGGGCUUUGAGGACGUGGCCAUCUCUUUCUCCGAGGAGGAGUGGGCUCUGCUAGAUCUGGACCAACAGGCUGUCUACCGCGAAGUCAUGUCGGAGAGUCUCCUGAAUGUGGCUUCUUUGAGCAGGGGAAACCCUCCCCCCUCCAACCUCGGAUGCUUCCGGAUGCUGCGCCCUCUCCGUGACGGGUCGUGUCUGGGGAUUCUCCACGUGCCGUCUUCCUUUCCCGGAUUGCCUUCACGCUUUCGAGUCAAGCUGCGCACAGAGAGCCAGACGGACUCUUUGAGGCCCGGGCAGCCCCCCGAUGCCCACCAGAGGCCCCAAGACUUUGCAGUUCCUGCCUGCCGAAAGAGCAUAAAAGCAGAAGAGCCCCCUGAAGGGUCUCUGGGAAGAAGUAGAACUACAGAUCUGGAGGGGCAGAGAAAGCAAACAGAAGGAAGACCAUACUUCAAUACUAAGUGGAGUGGCAGGCAGAAUGAAAAUCUGACUUCCCCGCAAAGCGACCCAUGCUGGUACUCAGAAUCUGCAGAAUGCGUCACUCAGAGACCGACCUUUUUAGAGCAUCGGGGCGUUCACGCAGAGGAGGAAGAGGAGUAUGGGGAAAGCUUGAGGCUUAGUGAGUAUCUCACGGAGCUCCAGGGAAGUCACGAAGAACAGAAGCGGUACAAAUGCAGAGCGUGCGGAGAGAGUUUCUUGAAUCGGUCGGUCCUCGCCGUACACCGCCGAAGCCAUGCUCGGAGGAACCCGUACAAGUGUUCCGUGUGCGGAAAGGGCUUCAGCCAGAGAGGAAACCUGAUGGCCCACCUACGAAUCCACACAGGAGAGAAACCCUUCCAAUGCCCGGAGUGCGGGAAGCGCUUCCGUCAGCGCGGAACCCUAGCUUCCCAUCGCAGAAUCCACACGGGGGAGAAACCUUACAAGUGCUCAGAGUGCGGAAAGCGCUUCGGCGACAGCUCCACCCUGACGGCCCACCAAAGAACCCACACGGGGGAGAAGCCGUUCGAAUGCCCACAGUGCGGGAAGAAGUUCGGCCACAAAGGGAACCUGAAUUGCCAUCAGAGAAUCCACACGGGCGACAAGCCGUUCGCGUGCUUGCAGUGCGGGAAGAGUUUCAGUCAGAGAGUUAACUUUCUGAGCCAUUACAUAAGAAUCCACGCCGCAGGGAAACUCUUUGAAUGCUUCUAGGGUGGAAACGGCUCCGUUGUUCUUCAAGCCUUACUUUCCACCAAAGAAUAUACCGGGGGGGGGGGCACAUGCACAAAUGCGGAGUAUGUAGGAAGAGCUUCGGUCACGAAGAGGAAGACACUGUGAAACCUGCAAAGACUCCUUCUGGAAGGAGGUUUUGAGACGGUUAACAGAGUUUUUCUCAGCUCCUUUUAUGACCGCCGGAGAAUCUGAUUUAAGGACCAAAGAACGCAGAUGAGCACACAAACUGUAUGUUUCACUAGACAGCUUGCAAGAUGGUGCUUACUUAGAACAAAACUCAACUUGCGGUGCUGGGACUGAAUCUCACAUUUCCCAAGCGACGAAUCCAAGCACGUAGUUGCCUGGGGGGGGGGGGGGAAUCUUCGCGCCUGACCUGUUUUUGGCUGUUUCCGACCUAUAAUGUUCCUUUGUCCGGUGCUGUUUUUGUCAGGGUGUCAAUCUGCCAUUGCGCAAAGACGACUUCCGCACUUGCCCGAAGAUUUGAGGAGCUCCCAGGGCCCCCUUUUAAGGGCUCAGUUUCCUUUGGGGCGUGAGAUUCUGGGAGGCUUCUCAUAUUUUUGCAGUGGAACAGAGUUUGAGCAGUGGUGCCUUUAUGACCAACACGUUUAAUUCUGGGUAUAAGCUUUUGCGUGCAUGCACACGGCAGCUUAUACCCAGAAUUAAACUCCUUGGUCUUAAAGGUGCCACCGGGCUCAAACUUCAUCGCUUUAGGCCAACACAGCUUCUCACCCAAAUAUAUUUUCACAGGGUCGGCUUUCUUACAAAGAGACCCACAGCACUGCCAGGGAAAAGCCAGUAAAGAGCGCUAAUUAAAAUGAGGAAGAUCUCCCCCCACCACACACACACACACAAACAUUGUGUGACACACACACACUCUUCUCUGUUGCCGGCAGUGCUGCAUCGCCCCAAAACCCUGUGCAGCCCCGGACACACCUGUAGCCACCACCUGUAGCCAUCCAGUAGCCAGCAAGUAGAAUAAUGGUUGUUUAAUGGCUGAAGAGGGUGGGUUUAUGAAUAGUGGGAGAAACGGGUAUUUGCCUAUCAGGCUCAGAGGGGAUAAAAUUACUCGUAAUAUCAGAGGGCAACCAGAGAAGUUGGGGGUUCUGCAUUUGGGGACCUCCUUGUUCUGUCCAGCUGGUAAAAAUAAAUGGUACUUCUGAGGAGGAGACUAAAAGUUAGCAUUUCUUUAGAAUUGCUAGGUUAAAGAGCCAGGAUUUAACUUCGCUCGAAGGUCAGCGAAAGAAACGCAAGCUGAGCACAUGCCGGCAAGACGUUCUGCUUAUCAAAACUGUUUCUGUUCCUUUAACUUCAGAGGCAGCGAGUGAAGGUCAAACCGUGUGAGGUCCCCGCUGGGUUUAGUUCAUUACCACGAAACAUAAAAUCUGCCAUUGUUAAAUGGAACGUUAUUUGACGUUGACGGAAGAGAAAGUUGCAUUUUAGAUAUUUGGUAUGUAGGGUAGAGCACUGUUGAAGACUGUGAAGUUGAAAUGCAUUUGGUCUCGAGUCUGGUUUCACGUGUUGUGAUUAUUUAGGGAUAUUUUCUGCAUAUUCAUUAAAAGACGUUUGG